UACUCAUCGCAUUUUUAUUAUUAUGACCAAAUCUACCGACAAAAUUACUGUUCUCCUUAACUGGAAAGCUACGCCUUACCACUUGCCCCUCUUCUUGGCCUCCAAGCUUGGUUAUUUUACUGAAGAAGGUAUCAAGGUAGCUAUCCUUGAACCCAACGAUCCUUCGGAUGUCACUGAAAUUAUUGGCUCUGGAAAAGUUGACCUGGGAUUGAAGGCCAUGAUCCAUACUAUUGCCGGAAAGGCCCGAGGUUAUCCUAUCAAGUCUAUCGGUACACUUUUAGAUGAACCAUUUACAGGUGUUAUCCAUCUGAGCCACAAAAGCGGAAUCACUACUGAUUUCAAGUCGCUUCGUGGUAAACGUAUCGGUUACGUUGGCGAGUUUGGAAAGAUCCAGUUAGAUGAAUUAACUAGUCACUUUGGUAUGACUCCUAACGAUUAUGAUGCUGUUCGUGUCGGUAUGAAUGUUACGGAUGCUAUUAUUCGCGGUGACAUUGACGCUGGCAUUGGAAUUGAAAACGUUCAACAAGUCGAGCUCGAAGAAUGGUCUGUAAAGCAAGGAAGAUCCCGCGAUGAUGUUAAGAUGCUCCGUAUAGAUGAACUAGCCGAGUUAGGUUGCUGUUGCUUUUGUUCGAUCCUGUACAUUGGUAAUGAAGAAUUCAUUCAAAAUAACCCUGACAAAAUUGAAAAGUAUCUCCGUGCUAUCAAACGUGCUACCGAUUUCAUGAUUUCUGACCCGGCUGGCGCUUAUAAGGAAUACGUUGAAAUGAAGCCUCAUUUGGAUAGCGAUAUUAAUCGUAAGAUCUUUCAAAGAUCUUUCCGUUAUUUCUCUCGUGAUUUGAAAAACGUCGAACGUGAUUGGAACAAGGUUACCAACUAUUGUGAACGUCUUAACAUUGUUGAUACUGGUUUCAAACAAAAUCAAACAAACAAAUUUUUGACCUGGCCCUUGAUUCCUGAAGGACCUAGUGGUGUUGAACCUCCUACAGUCGAGACUGGCGUUGUCGAAGGUGGAUGUAAAAGAUGUCAACAUCAAAGUAUCUCUCAACCAAAGAUAUUUGUCUGAGUCAAUGCUAGGGGUGCUAUUUAGAUUGAAUUUUUUCCCUCAUGGGGUGAAGACUCUUUCUUUUAUGGCUGAGAAUUUAAACUCUUAUCACCUGAUCAGGAUAAUACCUGCGAAGGGAAGCGUUAUGACCUUUUAUUAAUAUUCUUUUCUUAUAUUUUGUUCCCUUUAAAAUAAAUUAAAGAAUCACAGAAAUAUUUAAAUCAACUGAUUAGACCCAAAAUAAUGAUUCCAAUCUAAAU